AAAAACGCACAGCCUCUCCUCAGAUAAUGUGUAAAAGUAACGCCAGUAAAGACUCAAGUUUCAUAGCUGGUGGAGCCAAGCUCUGGAAACAAGGCCACCUCUGUGUAAAGACGGCUUUUCCUUGCUUUCUUUCUGUGUGUUUUUCCAGAAGUGCACCCCCCGGAUCAUUUAUGUCACAGCCCAGAGUGCGUGCCUGGAGCAGCAGAGAGCUGGCCUCGGGCUGAUCAGCACACUGGCGCUGUGCAGGGGGAACCAUCCCGAGAUCCUGAAGGGCGUUCCGGAGUACCUCCACAUCCUGCAGACAGCGCGCUACACUGGCAGGGUCUCGGUAGGUGCCAGUAACAGAGAUGAGGAGACGGGUUACAAGGCAGUCUCCUCAGUGAAAUCGAUGCAUUACCACACAUCACUUGUUGAAGAUGAUUAUUACAAGAAUCCUGUUAAGUCUGUCUACAAACCCAGGCCUCACCUAUGUUUUGCUGAACUCCAAGGUCGAGCUUGCGUUCCUCCACCUCUUCAAGCCCUUUGUGAAUAAAGACAUCAUAUACCAGCUCCUGGCCUUCGUGGGCAACCUGAACAAGAGCCGCAAGAGCGAGAACUACUCGUGUGUGCAGUGGGAAUACAACGAGGAGUCCCUGUAUGUGCUUCUCUUCAACUCCGACUCCCCGCUCAACAAGCUGCUGCCACUCAUGAACCACAAUGACUCGCAAAUCAAGAGCGCAGCCUUCAGCAUCAUCAGCAAGCUCGUGUAACACAGCGAUGACUGUGCGAUACAUUACUAUUGCAAACUCCAAUAAACCAAGGAGAGUGUUUACUGCUACCGCAUUGCUGCUCUCGUGGUUUUAGAUGCAAGCGAUUGAUCAGCGUCACAGUGUAUCAAACACAAAACUAAAGUAGCCUGGAAUAAUGUGUUUUUGUUUUUUUUUGUUUCUUUUGCAUUAGUGUUCAGUCCUAU